AGUUCAAACCACGCUUCGUCGGUUGCGCACGACUGAGUAAUGAAACCGUUUGACAUGUCAGAAUAAAUCUUUUAAUUAGAAAUAAAUAUUUUUAUUUAUGUUUUUGCAUCUACUUGUUGUGACAUGUAUCAUAUGCUAUGAAAUUCUGACAGCCCUCGGUGUCGGCCAAACCUCACAGGUUGUUUUCGUUUGCAGCAGUCCUGAACGUGUUGAAACUCCCCUUUAAGAGUCCGGCUCUGUGUAAUUUAAGCCAAUGAUAUGACUCGAUGCUCUGCAAGAAAAAAAUGUGACACGCGAGGCAGUGGAUCUUUAAAGGGCUGCUCUGCCCCAACUCACAAGCACUGUCUCGUAGGACUUGUUACCGUAUCACGUGCCAAAUUCUUAAUGAAGUGGACACACUAGGGUCUCGAGUGCGCAUGCGCGUGGUGUAAAAUGUAGUUGGAAAUGAGGUGUCCGUCUUGGAGUAGUCGACUUUUAAAAAGCAUCGGCAGCCCCUGCUAUGACGACUUCGCUGGUUCUGCAUCCACGCUGGGCGGACACCUUGAUGUACGUUUAUGAAAAAAGCCCGAAUGAAAACAACCAGAAUAAAAGCCAAACAAUGGAGGGACUGAGCAGUAAUUGCCCUGCGACCCACUGCAGGGACCUGAUGUCGCACCCCGCGCUGGGACGACAUUCUGGAACCAUAGCGACCCACCAGGGCUCCGUUUACUCGGAUAUUUCUUCUCCAGACACCGGACGACAGUGUCCCGCUCCCCAAACGUCAUCGAGUGCAUCGUUGAGCUAUGGUUAUCCGUUUGGAAAUCCAUAUUACGGUUGCAGAUUGUCUCACUCGCACAACGUCAACUUGCAGCAAAAGCCCUGCUCGUAUCACCCUGCAGAGAAAUACGCCGAGCCCAGCACAGCCCUGCCCACGGAAGAACUGUCUACCCGGGCGAAGGAGUUCGCCUUCUACCCGAGCUUCGCCAGCUCCUACCAGGCUGUUCCUGGAUACCUCGACGUUUCAGUGGUGCCUAGUAUCAGUGCCCAUCCCGAACCACGACACGACGCCCUGAUCCCCAUGGAGGGCUACCAGCACUGGGCACUCUCCAACGGCUGGGAUGGGCAGGUGUACUGUUCUAAGGAGCAAACGCAGUCGACACAUCUUUGGAAGUCACCUUUCCCAGACGUUGUGCCACUGCAACCCGAGGUCAGCAGUUACCGUCGAGGGCGGAAAAAGCGUGUUCCCUACACCAAGAUCCAGCUGAAGGAGCUGGAGAAAGAGUAUGCAGCCAGCAAAUUCAUCACCAAAGACAAGAGAAGGCGCAUUUCGGCCGCCACCAACCUCUCGGAACGCCAGGUCACCAUCUGGUUCCAAAACCGGCGAGUCAAGGAGAAGAAGUUUGUCAGUAAAUCCAAGAGCAAUCACAUGCACACCACUUGAUACGAUCAAGGACCACCUUGAAAACUGCAACACAUACCUUCCGAUGAAUCCUGACGUAUAUGUACCUCUGCAAUGAAAAUCGUGGCUGAGUGUUUAAUUUAACUCCCAUCGACCAUGCCUCCAAGUCCCCUGGUUCAAUUCAGAGAAAAACUGUGAAAAUGUUAAGAAUUCACUUCAUUUGUUUUAUAUGAAUGUACAUAUAUAAAUAUAUAAUAUUUAAAACAAUAACUGUAUUUCAAAUACAAGCAUUGCGUGUCUUUCUUUUCCUUAUUUUUUCUCAAACCAAAUUACCAGAGGACUGGUGACAUUUUUAAGACUUGCAACGGGCAGAUGAGAUCAGAACGGAGGACACAGUUCGUUUGAUGCCAUUUUAGGAGGGUUAUCGCCAUAUGGAGGAAUCGUGGCAUAAAGACACGUUGAACUUGAGACUUUAACAGCUUCAAUGACUUUCGUGAGAGACUUGUCUACGAUUCCUUCAGAAUUUCAAAAGCUGCGUUUCUCUCUGUGGGACAUGUCCUCUUAAGCCUGGGGUAAAACAAAGGCUGCUAUGUUGGUAAUCUGUAUAGUGCAAUGCCUUUUAUUUAAUUCGUAUUACCUAGUAUGGCGGAACUUUAAACUGGAAUAUCCUAAGAACCUGUAUGUUUCCUUUAACAGUGAAGGACUCUGUGAUGCAACUGGAAUGAUUGUAACCGAUUAAAAGUCAGCGAGUAUUACACAUAAAUGCUCAAUGGUUUGGUUUGGUUUUGUCUUUGUUAGUGUAGCAUUGGAGCUGAUCACACGCCUUGUACGAAACCUGUCAUUUCUACUUCCGUGCAGUAUGUGAAAUGUAUUGUGGUGUUGAAUUACGUACUGGUAACGUGUUUCAUAAAUAAAUAAUUAUGAAAAUGCUCACAUAUUCAAUUAA